GGAGGCCAGCCCUCUUUUUCGCUCCCCCACGGCUAGUCUAAUGGAACCCCUAAGGGCUGCUACCCUCAACCUCUAAGAGAAGAGCCCAUUUUGACUCCUUCCCUGGGCGGAGGGUUCCUGGACAUGACGGGUUCUUGAGUUGUGGGCAGUGAUCCUGGCCCCGGAACCAACCAGGACCUGCAUCCCCGCCCUGACCUGUGACCCAGUAACCAGGUGACCCGAUUCCCAUCUCAGGUCACCCAGCGCCUAGGCAGCUUCCGGCCCUAGUCUUAAAAACCUGACUCCCCGGUAGUACCUGGAAAUGAGCCGUGGACCACGGGCUUUGGCGCCCAGGUGUUCUCUGCAUCCUGCAUCCUUCCGGAAGUGGGAUGUCCCAAGUGUCCUCGUGCUUGACACGGUCCGACAGUGGUUCAGCAGCCAUGGUGAAUGAGGCCAGGGGAAGUGGCAGCAGCAGUGGCAGUGAGAGCUCCAAAGACAGUUCUAGAUGUUCCACCCCCGUCCUGGACCCAGAGCGGCAUGAGAAACUCCGGGAGAAGAUGAGGCGCAGGAUGGAAUCUGGUGACAAGUGGUUCUCCCUAGAAUUCUUCCCUCCUCGAACCACUGAGGGAGCUGUCAACCUCAUCUCAAGAUUUGACCGGAUGGCAGCAGGUGGCCCCCUCUUCAUAGAUGUCACUUGGCACCCAGCAGGAGACCCUGGCUCAGACAAGGAGACCUCUUCCAUGAUGAUUGCCAGCACAGCCCUGAACUACUGUGGCCUGGAAACCAUUCUGCACAUGACCUGUUGCCGGCAGAGGCCGGAGGAGAUCACGGGCCACCUGCACAGAGCCAAGCAACUGGGCCUGAAGAACAUCAUGGCGCUGAGGGGAGACCCCAUAGGUGACCGGUGGGAAGCAGACGAAGGAGGCUUCAGCUACGCUGUCGACCUGGUGAAGCACAUCCGCAGCGAGUUCGGCGACUACUUUGACAUCUGCGUGGCAGGUUACCCCAGAGGCCACCCCGAGGCAGAAAGCUUUGAAGAUGACCUGGAGCACCUGAAGGCGAAGGUAUCUGCAGGUGCCGACUUCAUCAUCACCCAGCUCUUCUUCGAGGCCGACACCUUCUUCAGCUUCGUUAAGGCCUGCACUGAGAUAGGCAUCACCUGCCCCAUCCUCCCCGGGAUCUUUCCAAUUCAGGGCUACUCCUCCCUUCGGCAGCUUGUGAAGCUGUCCAAGCUGGAGGUGCCACAGAAGAUCAAGGAUGUGAUUGAACCCAUCAAAGACAAUGACGCAGCCAUCCGCAACUAUGGUAUCGAGCUGGCUGUGAACCUGUGCCGAGAGCUGCUGGACAGUGGCUUAGUGCCAGGCCUCCACUUUUACACCCUCAACCGCGAGGUGGCCACCACAGAGGUGCUCAAGUGCCUGGGCAUGUGGACUGAGGACCCCAGGCGUUCCCUGCCCUGGGCCAUCAGUGCACACCCCAAGCGCCGGGAGGAAGAUGUGCGUCCCAUCUUCUGGUCCUCCAGACCCAAGAGCUACAUCUACCGAACACAGGACUGGGAUGACUUUCCCAAUGGCCGCUGGGGCAAUUCCUCAUCACCAGCCUUCGGGGAGCUGAAGGACUAUUAUCUCUUCUACCUGAAGAGCAAGUCCCCCAGGGAGGAGCUGCUAAAGAUGUGGGGCGAGGAGCUCACCAGCGAGGAGAGUGUCUUCCAAGUCUUCGAGCACUACCUCUCUGGAGAACCAAACGAGCAAGGCUACAAAGUGACUUGCCUGCCCUGGAACGAUGACCCCCUAGCAGCUGAGACCAGCCUGAUGAAGGAGGAGCUGCUGCGAGUGAACCGCCAGGGCAUCCUCACCAUCAACUCCCAGCCCAACAUCAACGGGAAGCCGAGCUCUGACCCCGUCGUGGGCUGGGGUCCCAGUGGGGGCUACGUCUUCCAGAAGGCCUACUUGGAGUUCUUUACUUCCCGUGAGACAGUGGAGGCCCUUCUGCAGGUACUAAAGAAGUAUGAGCUCCGAGUCAACUAUCACAUCGUGGAUGUGAAGGGUGAGAACAUCACCAACGCCCCUGAGCUGCAGCCCAAUGCCGUUACAUGGGGCAUCUUCCCUGGACGAGAGAUUGUCCAACCCACGGUGGUAGAUCCUGUCAGCUUCAUGUUCUGGAAGGAUGAGGCGUUUGCCCUGUGGAUUGAGCAGUGGGGCAAGCUGUAUGACGAGGAGUCCCCAUCCCGCAUGAUCAUCCAGUAUAUCCAUGACAACUACUUCCUGGUCAACCUGGUGGACAAUGAGUUCCCGCUGGACAGCUGCCUGUGGCAGGUGGUGGAAGACACAUUUGAGCUGCUGAACCGGCAAACCUCAAACAAGAGGGAGACGGAGGAUCUCUGACCCUUCAUCCUACCGUCCUCAUCCUCUUCCAGUCCUGGCUCUCCUGGAGCCCUCUCUCAUCUCUCCCCAUGGGAUGAUGGCUGCUAGACUGGGAGGAAUACAGGCCCUGCUUGGACCUGAGUUGGCCCACUCAGGAGUGUGGGGCUUCCUGCUCAAGCCCAGACCUUGUGUUGGUGUGGCAAGCACACCACCUGUGUGUAAUAGAGGGCUAUGAUGGCAGCUGAGCCCUUGCAGCAGGGCAGCUUCCGGAAGCAGCCCAGGGUCCCAGGGAACUUGCAUUUGGGGUCAGUGUAGGACAGGCAGAGAGAACACAACAGGCCCUUGUGGUCUUGAGGAGAAAGAGAGCAAUGUGGCGGAGUGAAGGGUGGACCACCACUGCCCUCCUUCCUCGUAGCCUGGCCACACCUGGGCCCAGGACGGGCCUGUGCAAACACCUGACAACGCAACCCUUUCUUGCCACUUCAGCCUGAGAACUCAAGUGGUUUCUCCCCUUCUCCAGGGCUGUGAUUCCACAGGGUGGUCUCUGUGUCAUGGCUGAAGAGGAGAGCGCUUAUAAAAGGUUAAUGCCCCCCUCCUUUAUCCUCAGUGGGGCCCUCCACUUGAUCUUCCUUUCCGCCCACUUACCAUCAAGAGGAGAGGCAAGGUUCACCUGAGCAGGGCCCACAGCUCUGCCCACAACUACAUGCAGUCCUCCCCCUAGCUCAUUGCUGGGCAGGUGCUCCUGCCAACUGCUGUCUUCUCUGCUCAUCCUGACCCCUGAAGCUGUCCCCUGGCACUCUUCCCGAGCCAGCCCUCAGGCUCCACAGCCCCAGGCAAUGACUGGCAGGUACAGAUGGUUGCUGGCUGCCCUGGCUCUUGGCCUGCUAGUUCUGGCUGGCUCAAGGAAGGGAACCCAAGACCACGGGGUAGGGGGGUGUCCAGAGAGUGAAGACAGAGGAGGGUUUUUACCCCAGGCCCCUCUGGCUGCUGUGGCAGGCCCUUGAGAGAGACAAAGCAGCAGCUAGGACUGUAAAGGACCUUUUAUUGUCCCCUAGAGCUCCAUGAGCUGUCCCCUCAGUCAUCACUCUCCUGGUGUGUGUGGGGGGUGCUGUUGUGGGUUCCUGGUUGCCAGGUAAUGGUGCCACUUCUCCAAGGCCUGGAACUAGGGAAGGAAGGGAGGGAGGGAAAGGCUGUAUAUCUCAGGCUUCCUCCAGGGCCUGUGCUCUGCUUGCCAGAGUGACACCUGCUCCUUUCGUCCCUGGCCAGAGGCCCCUCCCUCUACCGUGGUAGCCAGCACACCACGCCACUCAUGUCUCAGGCUCAGAAUAGACCAGACUUGUAACCUAAGAAGCCAUGACCAGAUAGCUGUGAAGGAGAAGCAGGUACUAGGGACCCAGACCCUACAAGGCAGCAUGGGCCACCACUGCCACAGGGCAAGCCUGGUUCUCAGACUGACAGUGGCACUGGGCUCCUGGCCAGUAGGUGCUCUGUGCAGGCCGUGCAUCUGUAAUCAACCUGACCUUACCAAAUGAGCCCUAGGGUAGUAAGCAGGGAUCCCCCAAGCUCAGCCUCAAAGUGUCACUGGUUUUGGAAGGCUGACUGCUAAGAGGUGGGGGCCACCUAGCUGAGCCACCUGCAACUGCAGGACUCGCUGGCGCCCUCUCUUGCAGGCCUGUUCCAGAUGCCACUGCCCGUGCUAUGGGGACAGGUGACAGAGAAGGCUGCCUGCUUUCCUGGCAGCCUCAGCCCUUCUGCCAUACCGUGUUGAAGGAUGUGACGGGGGGUCAGAUCUGCAGAAUGUUAGGUGGUCCCUGGGCCCAUCCCCCAAGAUUUCAGACGGGUCCAAAACCACCUUGAGAUGCAGCCUCUAGGGUGAGUCACAGAGUAAGAUGAAUGGGGGGUGCUUCCCCAGCCUCUGCAGCAUGGGGAAGACCAAACACACCAGGGUCCAUGGCAGCCACUCCACCCUUUGAGUGUCUACCCAACACUGCCAUGUUCCUGGCCUUCUGGGAAGCCGGGAGCCUUCGGAGCCAAGCCCGGACACGCCAGCGCUGUAGGCACUUGCUCUGCCAGGCAAGAGCAUCAGGACCUCCUCAAGUCCAGAUGAAGGGCAGAGCCCCAGACCUGGGCCAGGACCACCCCACGCCACGCCUAAGCACAUGCACAGCAGCUUUGAGGGAUCUGCCCUUGGCCCUGGAGAGCCCUCGUUCCAGAGUUGCGCAGGCCUCCUGCUCCUGUGCAACCACUAUAAGUGGGCCGCUGCAUCCCCAGCUGGAGGGCUGGGUAGGAGGACCACUCCUCAUUGCCUAGAAAAGAGAGUUGGGUCACAGGUUCAGGAGGGCAGCUGCCCCACAGUGCCACUUGGAGGCUUUGCAACCUGAACAGGACAGAGUAGAGGUGUUAGGCGUGGGCUGCACCCUCAUGCUACAUCUCCCCAAGCCUCCAGGCACUGGGCUGGAGCCCAGAGAAUUAAAAGGUGGGGCAAGAGAAAGGAAUGUCAAGAAGAGGAAGUGGGAAUACAGUGAACGCUGACAGGGCUUAGCCUGAAGGCCUGGCCCCAGCUCCUUACUCAGCCUGGGAAGGGGUCCUCGUUGUCCUCAGAGCACUACUGUGGUGUCACCGUCCUGGUUUGCACUGCAUGGGCCCUAUAGCCAGCAGCUGUGGAUCUGAGGGAAUAGCCAGAGCUGUCUGAAUCCAAUGGGCGGGGGCCUGCUGGCCAGGUGCGAUUCCCACCCUGGCCCUGCCCAAGCACAGCUCCCAGCUGUGUGCACAGAUGAGUGCUCGCCUGCCUCUCCCUACCACAUGGGCUCAGAGGCCUCUAGAGACUGUGGGUAGGAGACACCUCUGCCUCUUCCUGUGCCCACCCUCCCAUCUGACUGCAGAGAUCCAAGCUGGGCCGUGAGCCAUAAUAGUGGCCCUGCGGUGGUGCUCACUUAGCUAGCGCCAGUCCCUCAGGUGAUGACUAUACCACCUGCUAGUGUACUAGAGACUACCCACAAAAAAGCUCAUGCGAGUUACGUAAACCACCAGUGCUGAUCUGUGUCCAUUUAAACAGCAAAAGUCACUGAAUGUUUUCCUUGGAGAGCUGGGUAUGGUGCACAACUUUGAUCCCAGCACUCAGGAGGCAGAGGUGGGGGAUUGCCAUGAGUUCAAGGCCACCCUGAGACUACAUAGUGAAUUCCAAGUCAGCCUGGGCUAGAGCAAGACCCUACCUCGAGAAACCAACAAAAAUAAAAAUAAGAAAAGGUUUUCCUUGAGAUCUAUAUAUAACCCAUUAUGUGCUGGGCAUUCAUAAAUUACUUGGUGAGGGAUGUGGUCUUCAGAAAGCCACUCGGCCUGCUGAGUUUUCAGGCUGGGUCCCCCGACAUGUCCCAAAACUGCUGUGCAGUGUGCCAUUUCUUGCCCCUGGUUUUCAUGGUGACCUCUUCCUGCUAGACCAUUAGCCUAUCAUCACCAUUUUAUGGUGUCAGAACUAAGGGCUUCAGGUCUGGAAAGAAACUGAAGGUUACCUCUAGGUAAAGAAAAAUUCUGGAAAAAAAAAUUAUUUUCUGUAAUGAGCUUCACUAUUUUCAAUAAAAAUGUUAAAAUUAA